UGGUCUCGGCGGGCAGCCGCAGCGCCGUGCAGCCGGUGCCUGGCCUUGGCAGCCGGCGCUGGCACUGUCGCCCCGGUGCUGAGCAAACACGUCCGGCGCAGCUGCCGGCCUCCUUCUCCUCCCGCUUUGUUUAGCCAGAGCGUGCCGGCCCGGCGAGGGCUGCGGUGUGGGACGCUGGUGCCCGCCAUUGGUGCCAGGAGCCGGGCUGGACGACCCUCAGUGCCGCGGCAGCGCCGGCGGGACAGGGCAGGGACACGCGCCCCAGCGCUUUGUUCCCCGUUGGGCCUCGAUUAGCAGCUUGGCGGCUGGACAAUUAAAAUGCAGCGCUGGGGCAUGGCCGUCAAUGUGUACUCGACGUCGGUGACCAGCGAGAACCUGAGCCGCCAUGACAUGCUCGCCUGGGUCAACGACUCCCUCCAGCUCAACUACACCAAGAUCGAGCAGCUCUGCUCAGGCGCUGCCUACUGCCAGUUCAUGGACAUGCUGUUCCCCGGCUGCGUCCACCUGCGCAAGGUGAAGUUCCAGGCCAAGCUGGAGCACGAGUACAUCCACAACUUCAAGGUGCUCCAGGCCGCCUUCAAGAAGAUGGGAGUGGACAAAAUCAUCGCGGUGGAGAGGCUGGUGAAGGGCAAGUUCCAGGACAACUUCGAGUUCAUCCAGUGGUUUAAGAAGUUCUUCGACGCCAACUACGACGGGAAGGAGUACAACCCGCUGCUGGCGCGGCAGGGCCAGGACGUCACGCCCCCCCCAAACCCAGGUGAUCACAUCUUCAACAAACCCAAGAAACCCAUUGGCACUGCAGUGCCCCAGAGGACCUCUCCCACCGGCCCCAAAAACACGCCAAACCCAGCCCGGCUCAGCAACGUGCCCAGCAGCAUCCUCCGGAAAAACUCCCCCGCCACCCGCAACGGGGGCAGCGAGGCCGAUGCGCAGAUCCUGGAGCUCAACCAGCAGCUGAUGGACCUGAAGCUGACAGUGGACGGGCUGGAGAAGGAGCGGGAUUUCUACUUCAGCAAACUGCGGGACAUUGAGCUGAUCUGCCAGGAGCACGAGAACGAGAACAGCCCCAUCAUCGCUGGCAUCAUCAGCGUCCUCUACGCCACAGAGGAGGGCUUCGCCCCACCAGAGGACGACGAGCUGGAGGAGCAGCAGCCAGAGGACCAGGACGAGUACUAGCCCCGGCACCUCCUGCGCCCGUGCCGCCCCGCGCCGUUCCCCCUCCAUAGACAUUCGAGGUCUGAGCCUGUGCGCCUCGCCCUGCACUGUCACACACCAUCACGGUUCCUGGCGGCCGAGCCCACGGCCUUGGCGGCCAGCAGCGCCGGUGGAAGCCACAGUCUCCAUAAUAAAUAGAUGUCCCUCCAGCGAGGAGCACGGCUCUACCUGCGCCGGGGGCUGGGGGGUGGGGACAGGCUGUGGCCACCGCACCAGGGGCCUGGCCCUCGCCACCUCCACCCCGUAUUUAUUUCCGUUGUCCCCUCUGGUGUGAGUGCCAUGGCCGCCCCAGCGUCCCCGCCUGCCCCGCUGUGUGAGAGCGAGAGGGAAAGAAAGAUCGAGUCCUCGGGGUGUUUUCCUGGGGUGGAUGGAGUGUGUUCGUGUGCUGCCUGCGCUGUCUGCACCCUGCCAGCCCUGGAGCCCGGGGACUGGGGCUGGAGCCCUGGGACCACUGCAUGGGGACCGGUGCUGGCCCGGCAGCCUGCGGGCGGCGGGGGGGACGCAGCUCAGAGGAGGGAGGUUUUGCUUCAAGUUCCUGGGAGGAUGCAAAAGAAACCCCAGCCUGGCUGGUGACGCGGCCGCCUGCCCGCUCAGGCAGGGGCAGGCAGCGGGGGCGCCCUGGCCACCACAGGCUGGGACAGAGGAUGCCGGAGCGGGAGCCUGUCCCCGCUGUGGCAUGGGGACAGCGGUGCCCCUGUCCCCGCUGUGGGUCCCCUGCCCUCGCCCAUGGCCACCAAGGACCCCCCAGGCCAGCCGGGUGUCCUGCCCCGCGGGGCGCUGGGGUGGGUUUGCCGAGAGCGGCACGCAGCGCCUGUCCUGGCCGUCAUCUCCCUGUCGCAUCGCUUGUCUGGUCCGUCACCCCGGUUGCAAAGCCUGCAUCUGUGUUAAGUUUUAUUUAAAAUAAACUCGUGUGGUAAAA